CUCUGACUGGACAACCAUGUCGUACACGUCGUACGGUUCGAGCUACACCACGGACGAAUGGGACAUCGCGGACGAUGUCGAGCGCUGCGACUCGCAGUGGGAGGUCCAUUCCGAGUUUGCCCGCGACGGUGUGGUGGUCCGGCUUGCUGACGCCGAUGACGCCGUGCUGGAGGAGGAGAUCGCUCGGCUGGAGGAGCAGCUGCGCCGUGGUUUCAGGGUCAUUCCCAAGCCUGUGCAGUACGACGUCGAGGUGGAGAAGGUUAGGGUCCGCGUUAACAAGGGCGCGUCUUACUCGAGCCGCAAGAAAGCCAUCCGCGACUACAUGCGCCGCCAGACCGAGUGGGAGCCCGCGGUGAUGCACAGAGCUUACAAGCUGUGGUGCGACAACGCGCGGCAUGUGUAUGACGACGUGAGCGAUGAGGGUCGGAGCAAGAGCAAGAAGAAGAGCAAGGGGAGCAAGAAGAGCAUGAGCAGCAAGAAGAAGAGCAAGAGCAGCAAGAAGAGCAAGAGCAAGAGCAAGGGCAAAAAGGCCAAGACCAAGACCAAGUGAGGACGGGCGCAGUUUGUGUAAAAGCGAUCAGGUCAACG